AUGGCUGUGGCAUCGACUUCCCAACGCUCCUUCUUCAAGGAUGUGCAGCAUCUCUACCGGACUAUUGACUCGUCGACAGACGGUCAGGCUGCAGUUGAAUCGGUAGACGACUUGUCAGUGAGUAUUUCCCUUAGUCCCAAAACUGGUUGCAACGCACAUGCCACCUUCUACAUGACGUUAGAUGUUUCCUCUCCUUACGUUAUAACUGGACGCCACAGAAAUGCCCAAGAAUAG